UCAUCGACUAUCCAAGAUGGCGGAAGAUAUGAGAGAGCAAGUAGCCCAACUUUUAAAAGGAAUAGAUAGAUACAACCCUGAAAAUCUCACAAACCUGGAGGGCUAUGUUCAUUUUCAGGUCUACAACAAUGCUUAUGAUUUGGAUGCAAAUUUGGCAGUUUUGAAGUUGUACCAGUUCAACCCUGCAUAUCACCAAACAACAGUCACCAUGCAGAUUCUACUGAAGGCCCUCAUGAUGUUGCCAAAUGCUGACUUCAUUAUGUGCAGAUGUCUUAUUGAUGAUGCCAAUCAACAAGAUCCAGCUAUAGCAAGAGUCAUUAAACUUGCAGAAUUACUGGAAACAUGUAACUUUUUGGAGGCUUGGAAAUAUCUAAAUGAGGACAGUUCCCUUGUGGAUGGAAUUGUUGGUUUUCAUGAUGCCAUUAGGAAAUAUGCAAGUUACGUCAUAGGCAUAACAUACCAGACCAUUGAUAAAACCCACAUAUCAGAACUUCUUGGAGGUCUUCAAGGAGAAGAGCUAGAUGAGUGGAUAAAAGUUCAGAACUGGACAAUCAAGGAAGAUGGUAAAGUUUUUGUUAGCAACCAAGAGGCGCAUAUCAAGUCCAAAAACAUUGCAGAGAAAAUCGACUUAGACAGUGUUGCUGGGAUAAUUGCUGCAGCCAAGUGAAAAUAUUUUUGACUGUUUAAUCAUUCCUAUACCUAACGUUUCUCCUCAUAUCUAUCCUAAACUUAUCUUACUGAAGUCAUGUAGGACAUAUCUUUCUUUGCAAAAAAGUGAAAGGAAAGUGAUCUGUCACGUGGUAAGAUGAAAUCCACGUGCGCUCUGCAUUUUGUCACAAUUCUCGUUUUUAAAUGCCAUAACAGGGAAGGAAAGGGAAGCAAGCAGAGGAGGAAGGCAUCACUGGAGACAAGUUGAUUGAAAUAAACUGUGCAUUCAGUGUUACUGUAAUUCCAAGUUAACUUGCAUUUUAUUCCACAAAUCUCAAAAUGAACGAAGCUUCUCAACCCAAAGGAUAUUAAAGUAUUAA